CCACGGGGUUUGGAAUAAUACGUUUAAUUCCCAUUUCUCUUCUUUCUUGCGUUCCUAUAGAUACCUAUAUAGUAGAGGUCAUGCCAAACGCACUUUAAAUGCAGUGAUAAGGCGUCUAAUCGAUUACCGAGUGGCUCUGAUAGAUCCGUUUCUCUGAGUCAGCCGGUCGCUGCUGUCCGUUCUGAAGAUGGAGGAAGCGGGCGAAGGGAAUCACUAAUGCUGCGCGUCUGUCGCUCUGCAGUGGAUACAUAGUAUUUAGACGCUGUCUGGAACUGCACAUCAGAUGAGAUGGAUGUGUGUCACCCCGUCCAUUGCUAAAGAUCGUCCCCUGUUUGUCACCGCUAUGAACUCCAGUUGAACAUGACAGUCAUCAGAGGACUUCAUCAUCACAGUAGAGACUGAAAAGCUUCUGUCAUUGGAAAUAAUCGAUUGUUUUUACGCAAGGAUUUCUUUGGACACUUAUUUGCGUUUUCACAGGGGGGAGACCAAACAAAAAGUUCUGCCCCCUGAAUAUGGACAUGGAGGCAUCGAAUGGCUAUAUUGCAAGUAACGGCAACUGCUCUCCCAGGAAGGAGAACUCGAGAAUGCUGGUGGACCUGUCGACCAGCACACCCAAUGGCCAACGUUCCCAAAGUCCUAAUUCCCCUGCUGCACGCACAAUCAAACAGGAGGAAGGUACUGAGGAGGAGACAGAGAGAAGGCUGGAUGAGGCGGGUCACAGCGGUGAAGAAGGCUCUGGAUUGGAGGAGCCCAUGAUUGACAGUCCAAAUAACUUACAAGAUGCUGGGCCAGGAACAGAAGUGCAUAGUGAGACCGGGAUAAGACUGCCAAAUGGUGACCGGCCGUUCCAGUGUAACCAGUGUGGGGUUUCAUUCACUCAAAAGGGCAACCUACUGAGGCACAUCAAACUCCACACGGGAGAGAAGCCCUUCAAAUGCCCGUUCUGCAGCUACGCUUGCCGCCGCCGUGACGCCCUGACCGGACAUCUGCGCACACACUCAGUUGGCAAACCACACAAGUGUAACUACUGUGGGCGGAGCUACAAGCAGCGCACGUCAUUGGAGGAGCACAAAGAACGGUGUCAUAAUUACUUGCAGAGCGUCGGCAUGGACUCCACCUCCAAUCCUGGCCUGUAUCCAGGGGAGGUACCAAAGGAGCAGAGGCCGAUGGAGUCAGCUGGGAUGGUGGCUUUCGACCGGCCUCCUGUAAUUGAAAGACUGCAGGGGAAUGUGGGUAAACGGAAGAGCACCACGCCACAGAAGUUUGUGGGUGAGAAAAUGGUUCGCUAUUCGUACCCCGAGCUGAGCUAUGAGAUGGGCCCCAAGUAUGAGAAGGAAACUGAGGUGAUGCAUGCCCAGUUGAUGGACUACUUGGGCGCCGACUCCUUAAGGCCUAUGGUUCAUCACCCAUCCCUCUCCAUGGCUGAAGUGCUGCCUAUGGUGAACCCGCUCUUCCAUCCGAUGUACCCACUCGGGCCGCGCAUGGACCGUCCCAGCAGUCGAGAGGCUCCUCCACUGCCCCACCCGAACCCAGAGUUCUCACACCCAACCAAUGGUGCGAUCCCCUUGGUCAGGUCCAAGAAUCCUCAGUCGGCCCGAGACGGGUCCCCGUGCAACAGUGGACAGGAUUCGGCUGAUUCGGCACGGAGCAGCCCCCGGGAUAAGCUCAGCGGCGCUGGGCUCAGGACGAGAUCCAGCCCGGGGUUUGGCCGGGCAGAGGAAGGCAGGGUGAUUGACGCGGGCCGCAUCGCCGCCAGGGACAGCAUCCGCGUCUUUGGCCGUGAAGGCCAGGAGCUGAGGGUGUUCCAGUGCGAACACUGCCGCAUCCUGUUCCUGGACCACGUCAUGUACACCAUCCACAUGGGUUGCCAUGGUUACAGAGACCCACUCGAGUGCAACAUCUGCGGCCACUGCAGCAAAGAUCGCUACGAGUUCUCCUCGCACAUCGUCCGCGGAGAACACACCUUUCGUUAAGAAUCCCACGCAUUCUCACAGUCAGUUUACUGCAGACGGCAUCAGUUUACUGCUGAAGCAUUACAUGAGCACCAGUCAGCAGAUAUAUGAAGGUUUGGGUCCAAUAGAAAGUUUUCAUUUUGGAGCUGUUUGAAGAUUUUUGUUCUGGGCGAGGGGAUGAAUGUUUAUUUUUAAGUUCUUUUUCAUUUUUUCACCAUUAUUGUUGUGCAUGUAAUGAACCUUCCAACAGAGCAGCUAUAUGUUAUCUAAAGUUGUGAAGUUCUUUCUCUUUUUUUUGUCAUCUGUAUUACCUCGAUGCAUGCUGUCAUUCUUGUUUCAUGGACCUUGAUCAAUGUAAUAGGUAAACCGAGCAAGCAGAGGACCACUGGAGAACUAGACCGCUGAGUUUUGCAUACAAAAAAAAAAAAGACUUUAAUUCAUUGCUUCUUGCUGCUGUGGCUUCUUAGUGCCUUGCUGAUGUUUUGAACGAUUUAGCUUUUUAUGGAGUGUUUUGUAUCUUUUUAGCAUAUUUUCUCAUCAAUUGCUCCCUUUCGAUGAAGUUCCGGGGCGUAUGAGUUGAAACUUCGGUACUCGUGGUAAUGUCCUCAUAUCGGUGCUAUUCUAGUUUCACAAAAGCAGUCCUGUAGGUUGGCACAGAUCUUUCAGACACAUUUUAAUGAAGUGUUGAUGACAAUCCCCCAUGUGUCUCAUAGAUUUUAACAGGAGACAGUGAUACUUUUGCCAUGCUAAGGACAGAUGAGUUUUCCAUGCUGUUUUGCUGCUGUUGCACACUUACUAUCAUCUCUUGCGUUCUUAUGCACUUCGCUGAAAACAGCACUGCAAUAUGCCUUGAUAAACCUGUUUUUGCACUAUUAGCUUGAGGCCUUGGGUGAAAAUAUGCUAUUUCCAUGCUAUUGAUAAAGCGAACAAAGAUCAGUCUGCAGUUUAGCUAGUAUAUUGUCAUCUGUAAUUCAACAGGAAACAAGUCUGCACCUAUAUUAACAUGCUUUAAUAACAGGGUUGCCACAUUUUGAUUGAAAUCUGUUCAUAUCAUUCAGCCUAAAGACCAAAUGCCUCAUUAAAUCAAACUCCUCUGACUGUCUUGAGUGUUACAGUACAAACUCAAAAAAAGAGUUCAGAUUUAUUUUAUUUUUCAGUCAACAAAUGUAUUUUUUUGGCCCCCACAUGGACCUGUGUAUUUGUUAUUGAGCUUUCUAAGAGAUUAAAUCUGAAAUAUGCACAUAUAUGCACUGCAUAUGCAUUCUUGGUUAGACUCUAGUUAGCUAUUACAUUUUAUCAUUUUUUUGGACACAGAGAAAAAAAUAAAUAACCUUUUGCACAGGGAUAAUUGACAAAAAUAAAUAUGCCAGGUAACUGAACAAGGCAGAUCUUUUAAUUAAACAACAGCUUUUAUAGAUGUUAGAAGAUUGCCGUCAAGAUUUCAUCGCUAACUUGAACUGCACAAGAGCUUUUAAAGAUAAAAUGCGGUUUAUUAAUCAGACAAUGUUUAACCCCCUCUAACCUUUAACAGUUUUCCCAUACUUGAUGCAGAGACUUCUUUCUCAUUGUUUUCAGAGCAUUGAAAUCGGUCGUGAAAAUGUAGACUUUUUUUUAAUGUUCACGUAGCCGUUUAUUAUCCCUUCCUGUUUCUCUUCCCUUCUUUCUUACUUUUUUUUCUGUAUUCAAUGUUGUUGAAUAUUUACAUCAAGCAUUCUGUAGCACAACCAUAAAUCCAGCUUUAAUCGAUGUGUACAGCUCAAAGUGUACAAACGCAGCCUUCACGACGUUCAGAACCUCCCUUGCACAUUUGUUGGGCUUUUAUGUCAGCGCUAAAAGAGCCUUACAUCACUAUCAGACUUUGUUGUACCUAUUGUGUUUUAAAGCUUUGCUUUUGUCUUUUCUGCUUUGAGAAAAACUCCAAAAAAAAAACUGUGAAUAUUCCCUUUAAAUGUUAUGAGGGAAAAGACUUAAAAGGCACAUCACUGAUAGAAAUGCAUUCAUAUUGUUUGAACAUGCCAUUUUAUUGUUCUUUAAAAUAUAGCUUUGCCUUUUUACACCUCAGUAAAAUGUCACAAAUCACUCACACACACCACCUAAAACAUAUUGAAGAAUUUUAUUUGUUCUUGUGAAGCAUGAAAAUCGUUUCUUUUUUUUUUUUUUUUUUUUUUUUGGUGUCACAUGCAGGCAUGAUAUUGUAUGUGCUCCACAAUUCCAGGGCAUUUUAUAGAAUUAUUAUCAAAGAUUAUUGUAUUAGACAUGGUUUUUCUUUUCUCCAAAAAAGGAACAAGUUGAAGGAAACAUUGAUGUAAGACUAUGUUUACAACCCGAAUGAACAAGAGCACAUGAGCAAAAGUGUUCUUACGAUGAGUCCACACUUUUGGGAGUGGAGAGUACUUGAAAUUACAAGAAAGGCACUCUAGAGUCAGGUUUCACUUUUUACCUUAAAGUGUAUGGGACUGCUAUUUUCUCAUCUGUGUAAAUAUAUAUUUUUUGUGAAAGAAAGGUGUUUUUUUUAACUGUUCUUAUUCACUGUGGACCUUACAAACAGUAAGACAAGGGAUUGCAGUGUAUUUUUAUAUAAAUGAAUAAAUGGAUGAAUUAUAUACAGUAUAUUUUGGUAAAAAUGUUGAAAGGGGGUUAUCUUUUGCUGUGUGUCGGUUCGCUUUUUUGGGUUUUCUCAGGUACAGUGUUGUCAAAAAUCUUCUUAUAAGGCAUUUGUAUGGAACUGUUGGAGAGAUUUGAAUUAAUAUUGUAUAUAAUAUAAUAUACAUUUUUAAAAAAAUAAAUCUUUUAAGUAAGACCAAGGUUUACUGAUGUAAAACUCUUUCUAAGAUUGGCUUUUGUAACCUUGGCAUCUUUAAGGAAAGUGUGUCAUUCUAUGUUGGUUUGUAAAGCAUGGUCUUUUCUGCAUUAAAUACUGUCAUCAUCUGAA